AUGUUGGAUAAUGAGAAGUUCACCGAAAUCGAACUGAACAGCAUAAUGCUCAGCUGUUACCCACGAGGCGCCACACCGAGUUCUGCUGACGAGUCUGCAGAAGACAUCCCAAGUCAACUACCAAGAGAAAGCGCUGUACCUAAAACAAGCAAAUUACAACAAAAGCUACUUGAUAAAUACAUGAUGUAUGCUGGGAUUCCACCUAAAAAGAGGCCUAGGAUACCUAGAAUGAAAGGCUCCCAAAUCAUGCUGAAAAAGGUGCAGGAGGUGAAUGAGAUAAUCCAGCAGAAUUUGCCAACCAUCGCAAAAAUAGAGGAGGUAGUAGACCUUGUAUAUGCAGGGGCAAUCACAGUUUGCGUAGAGUUGGGCGUAAAGAUCACGGACUCUGUCAAACCGAUGAGAAAGGAAACACCACCACCUUGGAAGAAACGUCUGCAAGAGAAGAUAAAAAAUAUAAGAAAAAACAUAGGUAUACUGCAUACUUACCUGAACACUGAAACUCCUUCCAGCAGAGUCGGGAAACGAACACGACAAAUAGCGUCGGAAUUCAAAAUCAAGUCCCAUGACCAUCACUUCAGGCAAAGGGUAAUUGAAAUCUGUGACAGGCUGAAACAGAAAAUUAAAGCAUUAGGUAGCAGAAUCCAGCGAUAUAAUGAGCGAGUGAAAAGGUAUAAGAACAAUCAACUCUAUUAUAAGAACAAACAAAAGUUUUUCCGCCAACUUGAGCAUGAAACAUCUGAUCAAGAUAACUCACCAGCAGAAGAAGCCAUGUAUGCCUUUUGGAAAAACAUAUGGGGAGAAGAAAAGGUACACGACGAUGAAGCGCAUAGGAUUAGGGAAGUAGAAGCGGACUCCGCCAGGUACCAGAUGAACGAAGUAGAGAUUACGGAAGACGACAUCAAGCUUGCAUUAAAAAAGACGAACAACUGGUCAGCCCCAGGAGUCGAUGGCAUACAGAACUACUGGUGGAAGCAAUUCACGACGACGCAUGGCCUUCUGGCGGGGUUUUUCCAGGCUGCCCUCAGGGACCCAUCCAUGUUGCCGGAUGUUUUCACACUUGGUGUUUCGUAUAUGCUACCAAAGGAAAACAACACUGUAGACCCGAAAAAGUACCGGCCGAUCACCUGCCUCCCAACUAUAUACAAGAUCUUAACAGGGGUACUAACUCGACACAUCUGGAAGCAUGUAAAUAAAAAUAAUAUACUAGCACAGGAGCAGAGCGGGUGCAGAGGAGACGCCAGAGGAUGUAACGAGCUUUUGAUCACGGACUACAUAAUAACUAAGUAG